GGUCUACUCCUCCUCACUCCUCCACUCCUCUUCCUUCAUUCACAGAGAAACCUCUGAGCCGAAGCCCUUCUGCUUCCUGGAUGGACCCUCAGAGCCAUUAAGCUGAUAGCUCUGGAUGGAAACCGAAGAUCUGAACUGCUGGGGGGGGGAAGCUGCCAUGAACUUUAGCUGGACUUGAGGAGCUUCCAGAGUGUGAAGGACUCAGAGCUCGGAGAGAAGGAUCCAGUAGGUGUCGCGUGAAAGGAGACAGGACUGAUUUAAAAAUUGCCUCCAGUUUUUUAGGCUUUCGCCCCUGGACCAUGAUGAGUUCAGACGUGCGUGACCUGAACUCCCUGCUGCCCUCGGUCCCACCGGGUUCCAGUCCGGGCUGCACAGCGCUGCCAGUUAGUACGGCCCCUCAGUGGGCUCCCGUCCUGGACUUCCACACCGCCGCCUCCCCUUAUCCUUCCCUUGCUGCUCCCCACUCCUCUCUGGGGCCCCAUUCCUUUAUCAAACAGGAGCCCAGCUGGGGAGCCACAGGGGACCCCCUCCACCACGACACAGACCCCCACUGCGGUCUCAGUGCUUUCACUGUGCAUUUCUCGGGUCAGUUCACGGGCACCGGGGCCUGCAGGUAUGGGGCAGCGUUUGGGGCCCCUCCUCCUGCUCCGACGGCACCCAGCCAGCCUACGCCCGUGGCGGCUCCCCACCACCACCAGCCCCCCAGCAGGAUGUUCAGCAACCCGUCGUACCUGAGCAGCUGCAUGGACACCCAGCCAGUGGCCCGCAACCAGACAGGUUACAGCACGGUGGCGUUCGACGGGGCCGGUAAUUACGGGCACACUCCUACGCACCACAGCUCACAGUUCUCCGGCCACUCCUUCAAGCACGAAGACGCCCUAACCCAGCCGAACACAAUGGGUGAGCAGCAGUAUCCCGUACCGCCUCCCGUUUAUGGCUGUCACACACCGUCGGACAGCUGCACGAGCAGCCAGGCGCUGCUGCUGAGGAACCCCUACAACAGCGGUGACAAUUUAUAUCAAAUGACCUCUCAAUUGGAGUGUGUGGCAUGGAAUCCUGUCAAUACACUGGCAUCCACCAUUAAGAGCCAUGCACCGGGCUACGACAGUGACCCCAGCACCCCAAUGGUGUACAGCUGCAGCACACAGUACCGCAUACACACACAUGGAGUCUUCAGGGGCAUUCAGGACAUGCGGCGGGUUCCCAGCAUCGCUCCAGCCAUAGUUCGAUCAGACACCAGUGAAAAGCGCCCGUUCAUGUGUACUUAUCCCGGAUGCAACAAGCGCUACUUCAAACUGUCGCAUCUGCAGAUGCACGACCGCAAACACACAGGGGAGAAACCCUACCGGUGUGACUUCACAGACUGCGGCCGCAGUUUUUCCCGCUCUGAUCAGCUGAAAAGACACCAGAGGAGGCACACAGGAGUUAGACCAUUCGAAUGCGAGACGUGUCAGAGAAAGUUCUCUCGGUCUGACCACCUUAAGACACACACACGGACUCAUACAGGUAAAACAAGUGAGAAGCCGUUUAACUGUCGGUGGCCGAACUGUCAGAAGAAGUUUGCCCGCAGCGAUGAGCUGGUGCGGCACCACAACAUGCACCAGAGGAACCUCAGCAAGCUCCAGCUUUCCAUCUGAGUUGCGGUUUUAAACAUGCAGCUUACUCCUGAUGUGAAAGUAAAACUGCUGAGUGUCUGUAGAGUCAGGUUAAAGAGUUACAAUUUUAGAUUUCAAAAAACUGUCUUACAGUUUCAGAAUCUCAACAAAACUGUCUGCAGGCAAAUGUCCUGGCUUUUCUAUGUAAAUGUCAUGUAGAUAGGAGUACGGUGUGGUUUGAAAGUUAGUUUGGAAUUACAAUACUGUGCAAAAUUCUUCAACCAUCGAGAAUUUCUUCAUACUCUGCUUCCAGCGUGUGGCAUUUCCUUGGACUCUUAAGGUUGUACAGAUUAUUAUUUCUCAAGGAUUUUUGAAGGUCUUUUUAAAGUUUUAUUCUGUUACUUUUGGUUGACUUUUCUAAAGGCAAAUCAAGAUUUUCCCAUCCCUGAAGGUUUUUUUUAAAAAAAGGCGAGAAAUGACCAAAAACACUGCAAGAGCUGGUGCUUGCUUAGCACCAGCUCUUCUUGUUUCUGCCACCGAAAACAUGUACCAUGUCACCAUAGAACCGGUUCUGCGUUAACAACGAGUCUUUACUAGUCCAGAGGUAAUAACUGUGACCACUUUGUUUAAAAUGUUGGUUUAAAUGUUAAUCAAUGCACUGAUUUUGGGACAUAAGAAGCUUGUUUAUUCAGUAUUUCCCGUCGCAUAGUGGCAGCAGGUCAAGCCAGAGCACAGAGUUGGGCUGCUAAUUUUAUUUAAAGCAACAGUUUGCAACCAGCGGUUCUGGAGCCAUUUCUUCCAUUUUCCAUUAUGGCUAAUAACUUCAAUGAUUAGUUGACCUAAUGUUAGUUACUAACAUAUUAUAUCUAUGGUCUUAAACAUAGAUAUAAUUUAAAAAUGCAAGUUUUAAGAGUUUUUCUGUUUUUUAUGGAAUAAUUGGAUUGAAUUAGCACAACAGAAAGUACCGGUAAUAUUUUUAGAUGUUUAUUUGUCAUUAGGUUGAAAACUGUGUUUUUUUAACACAUAACAUUUUUCACAAAUGUCAACAUCCCAUUGAAGAAAAUGUAUCCAUCGCCUUUUUACAUAAGUUGUAUGUUUUUUAAAAAAAAGAAAAAAAAUAGAUGUAAAUUAUGGGAAAAUUCCUAGACAUUUAUCAAAAGCUAUAUAUGUUGUUCUUUCUGACAAAUAUUAUGAAAGGCCAAAAGCUGUAAAUGAGUUUUUCCUCAGCUGGACUCAAAGCAAAAAUUCCCGUUUGGAUUCAAAUGUUUGUAGAUCCCUGAUUUAAAGAAAAAAAUGUUUGUAACAUCUCAUUAGAACUAAUUUCACUAAAACUUGGCAAAGAAAAAAAAAAGAUAAUUCUUGAAAUGGAGAGUAUAGCUCAUGUUGGUCAUUUCUGAUCAGAACAUUUCUUUUGAGUUAAGCUGGGCAUGCAGACAUCCGGAUGCAGGAAAACCGAUAUAAGUAAUGGGGUUUGUGUGGUUAAACUGUCUCCAAGCGCUGCAAUCCUCCACAAUAAUUUAGAAUACAACAGAGAGAGGAUCAAACAUUCACUGUGCUUCUAGUGCUAAACCAGGGCUGAUGCUAGAGCUGUUUCUUUCCUAGCUCCAGAAAAACAGAUGUCACUAAGUCAGCUAAAAUUGUCUGGUGGAAAAACAUCUAUAAGUGGGCUUUUUUUUCGUCUUCAUUUUUCUCUUUUUUUUUUCUUGCCUUUGGCACCAACUUCCAAAUUGAAGAAUUUGUAGUGUUAAAAUGAUCAUUAAUUCUCAGCAAACAAUGUGAAUGAUAGCACAUUUGUUUGCUUCAGCUACUUCUGUGGGAAAAACCUCUUCUACAGAAGCAAUGGUCAUUUCACGCCUGCGUUAUUUUCCACUUUUGCAGUUUUACCUGUUUUGUACCUUUCAGCAUAGAUUCAUACCCACCUUAGGGAAUUUAUUUUUACUGCUGAUUUUCAAUAAUUUUCUUUGAGCUGCUUCUACUCUUCUGUAAGGAAAAAGCGUUACUCCCAUAAGGAAGUUUCUCAUUACUGCUUUGGUUUUAUCGGGCGGUCAUCAUCCAUAGAGAGUAAGAUGAAAUCUUACCAAAAAUACCACACAAUUUAAUACAAUUAUUCAUCCUCUUUGAGAAUUUUUAUCAUUUUUAUGAUUGCUAAUUUUUGCUAAAUAUUUACCUACAAAACUUAUUGAACUGUAAUGCAUUGGUUAAAGAAAGUCUCUAAAGUUUGUUGACAAGUGCAAAUUGGAUAAAUUUGGACAAAAAGGCAAAAAAUAUCGCUACUGAUCAUUGUUCCAAAGACUAUAUACACUUGUUUAUUUUUCUGUGCCCAGAAAACAUCUAAUGGCAGAAAGCACCAACCCUAAAGCUAAACUGUUUCUUCACCUCAAUGAAAUUAAUUUGGUUUCAUUAUCAGCUUAAACUUAGAGAUCAUCUCAGAUCGUCCCAAUUGUCCGAAUUCAUCAAAUUUAUCAGAAAUGUAUCCAGAAAUGUUAACAAACAUUCACAUCAUAUCAUAAAGGGUGUGUGUCCAAGCUCUUCGCUACAUAGAAAUAUAUUUUUCAUAAGUUUAGUAACUUAUCUUUGUUGUUUUUCUCAACAGGAAAUGCCCAUACAUACUUUAUUACAAAAAAAAGUUGCUUUUUCACAGCAUCAUCUUUUUGGAAAGAUGAUUGAAAAUCUUAAUCCAUUUGUGUUUAUUGGGCAAAAUCUUCAUAAAUGCUUUCACCGUGAUGGCAUGAAAAAUGUGAUAAUAUCUUUUGGAGAUGAGGUCAAAGCUUUAUUGUCCAUCUUCUUAGCACCUUUUGGUUGUUGCAGAUAUCUCUGAUGUGGAACUACUUUGUGAACAGUGGUGGUUUUUGAUAUGGGCAACAUGGGCAGUUGCCCAGGGCGUAAUUAGAAGGAGGGAUGGGGGGCCAGAAACCACCAAUGUUUGGGAAGGUUUAUUAUUUAUUGUCUCAUUGCGGACAACAAUUGCUUUCACUGGAAUUAUUUGAAGGUGAAGAGGUCUCACUCUGUCUCUAUGUAAAAAAAAAAAACAUCUUUGCUUUCAGGUUACUCAGCUACACUUAGCUUUUAAUUACAAGUGAUUACUUCUUAUCUAGUGUUUGCAGAUAGAACAUGCAGAAAGAUGCCUCUAAGGUAUUUAUAAAGUGACCUUUUUCAUUUUAAGUAAUGUGAUUUUUUUUUUUCUAACUUGUGUCUGUGGUGUGUAAAUAUUACAGAACUUUGGCUGCGUGUUCAGGCUUUAAAAUAUGUCUGCUGGGUCGCACUGGCUCUGUGGCCGAGUCGUUAUGGUUGAGAUGUAAAUAAUUCUUCAUCACCAUGGUAACUGAGCUUUUCCAUGGAGGAAAACAUGUAACUUAAAUGAUUUCUUUUUCUUUAGUUGGAUCCAGGAACUGUUGUAAUGUUCUUUCUCUGAGCUGAGUUACACAAAAAAGCAAAUAUUGUUGAAAUGUUUUGUAUCCAGAAGUGUGAGAUAAUAAACUAAUGCCAUCAGUA